AUGCUUUCAGACAAUUGGGAGGUUCUUGCUACUAAAGCGCAACUGAUUUAUCAAAAUUCGUUGGAAAAAUCAUUAAAAUUGGUGAAUUUUGAUAAAGCUCUUGGACAAAAAUACAACGAGCUUCCUAGUGCUAAAGGUGAGACGACAAAAGAUUAUGGGUCACCAACAAAACACCCAUUUCAAUUGUACUUAAAAACAGUACCACAAUCGGUAUUGGACAUUACAGAAAAAGAACCAGUUGACUUAUUAACCGAUUUGAAGAAUGGAAAAUUUACAUGUGUUGAAGUAUUGAAAAGUUAUAUGACUGCAGCUAUUAUUGCUUCUAAAUUGACAAACUGCGUUCAGGAAUAUUUACCUGAUGAAGCAUUAGAAUAUGCCGAAUAUUUAGAUAGGAACCAUGAGACUAUGAAAGAUUUACCAUUAUACGGGUUACCCUUUUCUAUUAAAGAGAUGAUCCCAUUUAUUGGACGUGCAGUGACUCAUGGAUCAUUAUGUUAUCUUGACAGAAUUGUUGAUUACAAUGCUGAUAUAGUCAACAUUUUGAAAAAAAACGGUGCUUAUCCAUUUGUUCGUACCACCAAUCCGCAAUCGUUAAUGAUGCUUGAGUGUGUUUCUUAUGCCCAUGGACGUACUGUUAACAGUUUCAAUAGCGAAUUGACUAGUGGCGGUUCAUCUGGAGGCGAAGGGGUGUUGAAUGGCUUAUAUGCUAGUCCAUUUGGUUUGGGAAGCGAUAUUGGUGGCAGCAUUAGAAGUCCUGCGGCGUUUAAUGGCAUUUAUGGAUUGAGAAGUACAUUAGGCAGACUACCAACGGCCGACUAUUUUUCAUGUAAUAGAGGCUCAGAAUCGAUUUUAUCAGUAACUGGCCCAUUAUCGAGAUCUUUGGAAACGAUUGACUUAGUGAUGAAAACGAUAAUUGAUUCUAAGCCAUGGUUAAUUGAUCCUACAUUAGCACCUAUUGAAUGGAAACACACCAAACAAGAUAAAUUUAGGAUUGGGAUAAUGGUAUCUGACAAUAUUGUGAAUCCGUCACCACCAGUUAAGCGUGCUUUGAAUAUCGUUCAAGAGAAAUUAUCCGAAUUGGGCAACUUUGAGCUUGUUCCAUUUGAACCUUUUCAACAUGAAAGAACAAUGCCCAUUUUGGGAAAGCUUUAUUUUGAAGAUGGCGGACGUGAUUUCAAGGCAACUUUGAGCUCAACUGGGGAACCGCUACUUGUGCAAACAAGUUGGGCAAUUGACGGGGCAAAGGACUUGGAAAUGCAUGAGCAAUGGUACUACAAUUUAGAGAAACAAAAGUAUAGAAAAGAAUAUUUGCAAUAUUGGGUUGAUAAAUAUACUGAUAAGGAUGGGCAUAUUUUGGAUGCUGUAAUUGCACCCGUGUUCCCUAACGUUGCGCCAAAACAUGAGACUUCUAAAUACUGGGGAUAUACUUGUCAAUGGAAUCUCUUGGAUUACCCAGUAUUGGUAUUUCCAGUGACCACUGUUGAUGAGAAUUUAGAUCAUCCAUUGGCAGAGUACAAACCAUUGAAUGAAAUUGAUGAGUACUUUUACAAACAAUAUGACGAUGCAAAAUCAUUCGCCAAAGCUCCUGUAAAUCUAAGCUUGAUCGGAUUGAGAAAUACCGAUGAGAAACUAAUUGAGAUUGGAAAGAUUUUGAGACAAGAGAUUGGUGAUACUCAUUUUUGUUUCAAAAAAGUUAAAUGA